UGAACGGCAGCCUGAGUCCGAAUCUGACACUGGAAGCUGCGGGGGAAAGGCGAGCAGGUUGGGGAGAGUUUCCCUGCCCCGGAUUCCUCGUCUUCUCUAAGUGACAUACUGAAUUGGAACUCACUUUUCUUUUUUCUGAAUUUGAACCGCCGUCUCUCUGUCGUCUCACAGUGGACACUCGAAGCCCGCGGCGAUGGACCCGUUUACGGAGAAACUGCUCGAACGAACUCGUGCCAGGCGAGAAAAUCUUCAGAAAAAGCUGGCGGAGAGGCCCACAGCAGUGCCCAGGUCUGGGGCUCCUGCCAAAUGGGCCAGACAGCCGCUCACAGAAGCAAGUAACCAGCCGUCCGGGGCGGAAGAGAAAUCUUGCACAAAACCAUCGCCAUCAAAAAAGCGCUGUUCUGACAACACUGAAGUAGAAGUUUCUAACUUGGAAAAUGAACAACCGGUUGAGUCAGCUUCUGCCAAACCUUGUUCUCCAAGUCCUGUGUCCCCUCAGGCACGGCCACAGGUGCCAGCUCCGACCAGUGGAUCCCCACCCGCCACCCAGGCAUCUCUCCUGGGCCCUCAGAGAGGGCUGGAUGCGGGACCAGAAGUGAUGGCAGGCUCCUCCGUUAAAACCCGGAUGCAGAGACUGGCAGCCCAGCGGCGCCACUGGGACGAGGAGGAGGAUGGCACAGCGACAAACGGUGAUGUUCCCGAAAGCUCACUCAUCGCAGCCGUGCCCGCAGAGGACAAGGCGACCUUUCCUCCCAAACCAUCGGAAGCCUCAGCGACUCCGAUCGGGAGAAGGGGCCGUCUGGCCAACCUUGCUGCAGUCAUUUGUUCCUGGGAAGAUGAUGUCAGUCACUCAUCUGCAAAGCAGAGCAGUGCCCAAGGACAGCCUGGUACCACUUGUUUAUCCAAAGCUUCCUCUGCCAGCGGAGCAUCUGCUGGGGUCAAUAGGGGCAGUGUUAAGCAGGAAACUACAUGCUGCUCCCAAAGGGAUGGCCGUGCCUCUUUGAAUAAAGGCCCGACCUCGAGAGCUGAGGGUGCGUCUUUGAUUAAGGUCGCAGUUUCCAGCUCUGCGAAAGCCCCUUCCCCUGUGAAAUCUUCUAUAUCCAUCCCUGAUGCCCAAAGUCGGGAGGCACAAAAUCCCGAGCGACUUCAGAAAGCUCCCACUUGUCCUCUGGAAACUGAGGUGUUGAAGCCAGUGGGGAAGUCAGCUGUGGCCCAGACGGUUCCGCCCAAAGAAGCAUUAAGUAGAGAAACUUGUCUGCAGCCUCAUUUUAAAGACAAAUCUACAACACCAGUUGGAGCAGGAGUCAAGCCUUUCCUGGAGCGCUUUGGGGAGCACUGUCGAGAGCGCAGCAGAGAAAGUCCAGCUCGUGGCACCCCCCACAGGACCCCCGUGGUCACUCCAAACACAAAGGCCAUCCAGGAAAGGUUGUUCAAGCAAAACACAUCCUCCUCCACGACCCACACAGCGCAGCGGCUCAAGCAGGAACGGGAAAAAGAACUAGCAUGUCUUCGUGGCCGAUUUGAAAAGGGCAAUUUAUGGAGUGCAGAAAAAGGCGAAAACUCAGGAAGCAAACCGCUGGAAACCAAACAGGAAAUUCACAGUCAGAACACUCCCCUCCAAAAACAUCAAGUUGUUUCAAAUACCCCGUCACGUCCAGUGACAGAAGGAGACAGAAAAUCAGACACCAGGACAGAAAAGGAAAAGGGGAGAGAAAACCAGACACCAGGAAAACCCCGCAGUACAGAAGCUGCAGGUCUCACUGAAUGUGCAAUGACGAAGUCUAGCCCUUUGAAAAUCACAUUGUUUUUAGAAGAGGAGAAGUCUUUAAAAGUAACGUCAGACCCAAAGGUUGUGCAGCAGAAAGAAGUGCUACGUGAAAUUGCGAUGAGCGUGGAUGAUGAUGAUGAUAUCAAUAGUUCAAAAGUAAUCAAUGACAUCUUCAGUGAUGUCCUCUCGGAGGAGGGUGAACUGGAUGUGGCAAAGAGCCAGGAGGAGAGGGCCCGAGCAGCGGCCGAGGGCAGCGAAGACCAGGAGGAUGCGCUGAACAUCUCCUCCAUGUCCCUGCUGGCUCCCCUAGCACAGACGGUGGGCAUGGUGAGCCCCGAGAGUUUAGUUUCCUCGCCUAGAAUGAAAUCGAAAGACGACAGUACAAGUAAUGAGAGUCCAAAGUCAGGAAAGUUCCAGAGAACCCGGGUCCCGCGGGCGGAGUCUGGUGACAGCAUUGGUUCUGAGGACCGGGAUCUUCUUUACAGCAUUGACGCAUACAGAUCUCAGAGAAUCAAAGAAACAGACCGUCCUUCAGUAAAGCAGGUGAUUGUUCGGAAGGAAGAUGCUACUUCCAAAUUGGAGGGGAAGAAGAAUGCUGCAGAAAAGAAUGUCUUUCCUUGUCAAGUUAACGUCAAAGAGAAAAUGCAGGAGCUCAACAAUGAAAUCAACCUGCAGCAGACGGUGAUCUACCAAGCCAGCCAGGCCCUGAACUGCUGCGUGGACGAGGAGCACGGCAAGGGCUCCCUGGAGGAGGCCGAGGCGGAGAGACUGCUUCUGGUCGCAACUGAGAAGAGAGCACUUUUGAUUGAGGAGCUGAAUAAACUGAAGAACGGGGGGCCUCAGAGGAAGCAUAAGGCUGCGCCCGUGGCCCAGAGUGAAUUUGCCCCGUCCAAAGGGUCGGUCACUUUGUCGGAGAUCCGCCUGCCUCUAAAGGCAGACUUCGUCUGCAGCACGGUUCUGAAACCAGAUGCAGCAAAUUACUAUUUCUUACUUAUACUGAAGGCAGGAGGAGCUGAAAAUAUGGUGGCCACUCCCUUAGCCAGCACUGCGGGCUCCCUCAACGGCGACGCGCUGGCAUUCCCGACCACGUACACUCUGGAAGAUGUAUCCAAUGACUUUGAAAUAAAUAUCGAAGUUUACAGCUUGAUGCAGAAGAAAGAUCCCUCAGGGCCUGAUAAGAAGAAGAAGGCCUACAAAUCCAAGGCUAUUACUCCAAAGAGAUUUCUCACAUCUAUAACCACAAAAAGCACCCUUCAUUCUUCAGUUAUGGCCAGUCCAGGCGGCCUCAAUGCUGUCCGCACCAGCAGCUUUACGCUUGUUGGGUCCCACACGCUGUCGCUGUCUUCAGUAGGAAGCACUAAAUUUGCUCUGGACAAGAUAAAUUAUGAUGUAAAAGAGCGAGAGCUACUGGGCUAUUUGUUCCAGGAAAAGGUGCCCUUUUUAUCUCCUUUGGAAGGUCAUAUUUAUUUACAAAUAAAAUGUCAAGUGAAUUCAAGUGUUGAAGAAAAAGGUUUUCUAACCAUAUUUGAAGAUGUUAGUGGUUUUGGUGCCUGGCAUCGAAGAUGGUGCAUUCUCUCUGGAAACUGUAUCUCUUACUGGACUUACCCAGAUGACGAGAAGCGAAAGAAUCCCAUAGGAAGGAUAAAUCUGGCCAAUUGUACCAGUCGUCAGGUAGAACCAGCCAGCAGAGAGUUCUGUGCGAGACGCAACACCUUCGAGUUCAUCACUGUCCGACCGCAGAGAGAGGACGACCGAGAGACACUCGUCAGCCAGUGCAGGGACACACUCUGCGUCACCAAGCACUGGCUGUCCGCAGACACCAAGGAGGAGCGGGAUCUCUGGAUGCAGAAGCUCAAUCAGGCGCUCGUCGAUAUCCGCCUCUGGCAGCCCGAUGCCUGCUACAAACCCAUUGGGAAGCCCUAGGCCGGGCAGUUUCUGUGCCGCCCAGAGGGUAUUUCUGGGCUAUGUCAUAUGUGUGUCUGAAGAGCAUCAGACAGGCUGAUUGCAUUUUUUGCUUUAAAAAAUGAAAGGGGAUGUGCCAAUAUUCACUACAUAUUAUGCAGUAUUUAUGUCUUUUGUAUGUAAAACUUCAGCUGAUUUGUCUUCUGUCAUUCGUAAAUAAUUGGAGGAAAAUUCAUUAUAGUUGAUUUUACUAAAUCUUAAUUUAAAAGUCUCAUUUUCCUAGAAAUCUAAUUAUUCAGUUAUUCAUAGUAAUUUUUUUUAAGUAAGAAAUUUUAAGUUGUCUUUUUGGUCCUGUAGAGUGUCUUCAGGGGUUAGAGGUCAUUCAUUCUGGAGCCCGAGCACUUCCUCGUUCGGGCAGGGUCCUUCAUUGGGUCUCUUGUUAUCAGAGACUGAGAAAAUGCCUGAGGGGCCUUAUGGACAGGUUCGCAGCAGUGGGGGUGAGGACAGUUUCAAAUGACAGACGCACCUUAGCUUAAAGCUUACAGCUUCAAACAGGAGAUGGGACUUAGGGGUAAUGCGUAGGAUGUGUGGGGUUAAGUGUUUUAUUUAGAAGACUUAAUAAUCCUAUGGUUUACAUUUUCUCAAUUACUUUAGAUGCGUGUGGUGCAGAUUUUCAUAGAAUAUAGGCUUUUAAAAGUAAUGAUUUUUGCUGUAUAUCUUACAGACUCCUCAAAGAUACUUGGCAUGUUAGUUUUUCUCUGUUCUGGUAAUAAGAACAGGUGUAAAUUCAAGAGCUUUUAUAUAAAACAAGUACACUUUAUAAGCUGCUGUGGACUAACACUUUGCUUGCCAAAGUUCUCGAUUUUCUUACUUUUCAUGUCCAUAUAGGACAGUGUCCAGAAAUCCGUUACGAAAUCAUUUGAAAAACUAUUAAGUAAUGUAUUACCUUAAAAGCCUAAUACUUUAUUCUUUAUAUUUUUGUUAUAAAACAUUGUAAAGCAUGGUCUCAAACUUUUAAGUACACUUUGGGUUUCUUUGAAUUGUCAAAGUUGUUGAUGCCCUCAUUUAUAAACACUAAAUUCUGUCACCUGUCAUUUUAUCUUUUACUGUUUUAAAUGUGUUUUAUGUGUAUUG